UCCUCCACGGUUGGUGUCUAUAAUAUCUGCAUUGCAGACUGGCGAUACCAAGCGUGGAGGCUGCUGAAAUUAGACAAAACUUAAAAUAUUACAUCCGAAAGGCUUGGAAAUGGAGCCAGAAUACUCUACUAUGUCCUCAGAAGGUUCAGUUUUGAGUUCUGAGAUGUCACACGAAUCUCUAAGAAUGGAGGAAUGUCGUGUGGGAGGCGUAGAACUUCGCCUUCCACAAGGUUUAUGUGAAAAUAAAGAAAUUUUCCGUGAAUUCUUCUCCAUGCGCACCUGGCAGGAGUGUUUCAAUGACCAACAGCGUGAACAUCUGAAGAGUUUCCUGCCAAAUUUCCCUGGUGACCGCGAUGAAGAGGAGAAAGAAGAAACACUGCGUCGUCUAUUUGCCUGUGAGAACUUCCAUUUUGGGUCACCACUUACGGACUUUUUUGCCCAGCUAACGAGUGGGUAUUUUCGGCCAGACAUUGCUCACAUGCGCUCCCUGGUGAAGAAGGCACACAAGCGAGAUUACAGGUGA